AUGAAAAGAACUCUGCGUUACGACCAGCUGAAGGCUGGACAAGGAAACUUGUUGUUCCUGGAAGGCAAGGAAGUGUUGUUCCGUGUUGCCAUGGCUCUGCUCAGCCAUCACAAAGAGGGUCUUCUCAACUGUGACAACUUUGAACAGAUCAUGAACUACUUUAAAACCAACUUUCCUAAAAUAGACAAGCCCAUCAUGGAUAAAGUACUUAAAGAGGUUUUCUACUCCGACAUAUCCAAGAAACUGUUGGAGUAUGAAGUGGAGUAUCAUGUGCUCCAAGAGGAAGUUAAUACUCCACGACCGGAGGUGAAGAGAAUCAAGGAGCUGGAGGAAGCCAACAAACAACUCCACAUACAGAACAGAUGUUUGUCAGAGCAGCUUGAGAUCUCUACAAGCAAUAUUAACAGACUGGAGACGAGUAGAUCAUCACACAUGAUGCAGAUAAAUAGAUUAGAGUCCCAAGUUAGAAGCUUGGAAGUGACAGUUUCCACACUGGGGGAUUUUAUAACCACUCUCGCCUACAACAAUACAGAUCUAGAAAUACCUGGAGAGAUCCUUCGUAUUAUUGCCCAGAUACAUGUUUCUGAGCGGAAGAGUUUACCAAACAACGUUCUCCGUCCUGGGAUCCUCAAUCGGAAUAUGCCACUUAAAACUAUAGACGACAACAGAAUCAGUCCGCAAAAAGAUACAAAAAAGAGUCCGCGACCAUUGAAAUCAACUCUCAGUUCCCCCAACUUGGAACCCAAGACAUCCUUUUUCGCACAUUCGUUCAACCAGAUUAACCAACAGAAACUAGGAAUAUCUGAUAAAACGUCCCCCCUUAAUGGGAUGAAACAUUCACGUUCGGAUUCAAGCAGUGUAAAACAGCUGUUGUAUAGUGAAAGUAAAGAAAUUAUAGGAGAAAUCGAAACAGAAAAACCGAGGUUGGGUAGAGUUUUGACAGACAAUGAUAGGAAAGCCUUAGGAUUGGUUGAUUCGGAUUCGUUCGUGAAAACAAAUUCGAUGCCUUCAACCGAUGGGAAGCGAAAGAUAUUGAAAAGUAGUCAAAGCUCGUACGAAUUGGGGAAGUCAGAAUCGGUUUCUGCCGUGUCCGAUUUGCUUCCGUUGAAUUCUGACACGGUCAACAUUUGUUUCGGCGGAACUACCAAAUUGAGACAGAUCCGACCGCUUAAAGUGAGAAAUGAAAGUUGUAGCAGUAUACCCAGUCAGUCUUCAAGCACAGGAUCACUUUUUGAGGGUUGUCCUCUUCCAAACAAGAAAAUAGAACUACAAAUCGUCGAACCUUCAGAUAUCAGCUGUACAAGUCGAUCCGUGUUUGAGGAAAAAGCUGACAAUUCUCUCUUCAGCGAAAAACACCUGAGGCAAAAUAGCUUUGAAAAAUCUAGAGGGAAAGAAGCAGAAGAAAUGAUUAAGUCUCAAGUGCCUGCGAAACAGCCGAGUCUUCUAACUUGAAUUAAGAUUAUUAUAUAGUAAGGUGCUUACCUAUUCCUGUGCCAAAGUUUAGUAAGCAACUGUAGUACCUUAUUAGCAAUGACAAAUGCUUAAGUAUUAUAUUCUCAAAGUUAGGAAUCUCAUCUUCAAAAAGUCUACAAUCCUUUCAUAUUUUCUAUUAUGUACUUAGUGUUUGACACUGGAUUUUAAAAAAGAUUAUUGCAGUAAACGAUGUGUUCAGUUCGUAGACAUAUCAGUCAAUUACUAGUUGACAUAUUCUGACUAUCAUACCUUGAUUUUUAUUUGAACACUUGACACUUCAAAACAUUGUUUCCAGACUACCAUCCUGCUUACCAGGCCGAGAAAAUCUUGUUUUAUCCUGCUUUAAAAUAAUGUUAAAUCCUGUUUUAUCAUACAUGAAUUUAGUAAAAAAACCGGUUCAAUCCUGAGUAAUCUUAUUGAUGUAUUAUUUUAUUAUUUUAAAAUAGUUCUUUUUAGCCUUGCUAUAAUGAAUGCAUAUAGGCCUAUUAAAAUAAUUGAACCAAUAAACUGGUAUCUGAAAAUCAAUAUACUUACUUACUGAUAGAACGUCGCUAAUCUCUGUAGAUCUUUUGCCUCGUAGAUUAGCCGCCUCCACUUUUCUUUAUCUUUCGCCAUCCAAAUUUCUCCUUUGCAUUGGAUCACAUCCUUCUUGACUUGGUUAUACCAUAGAUAAAACAUACUCCGUUAUACCAUCUUAAUUUAUAAAAACAAAAUGGAGUAUCAGCGCUCAAAAAUGAAUCUUGUUUUAUUCUGCAUCACAUUUUAUUCUCAUGCAAGGCCUAAAAAAAUCCUGUUUUGGGACUUAAGUCCUGCAAAUACACUGCUUUAAAGUUGUCUUCCUAAGCAAUAAAAAUAUGCAUGAAUUUUUAUAACCUUUUGAUUUUAAUGACAACUAAUUGUAACUUAGUGUCUGUUACUAUGCUUAUCAAAUGCUAAUUUAGUACUGUAGUUAAUUAAUUAUGUUAUUCCUCUAAUACAACACCAAUACAUAAUAAGUAGAAAUAUUUUUCUAAUUUUAAUUUAUAGUAUAUAUCCUCAUUCAUGAUUACUCAGAACUCAUCAAAAUCAACUUUCAUAAACUACCUGUUCUUAAUAUAGGUUUAAUAUCCAUUUAUCAGUACUUUUUAUAAACGUACAUAAUAGGCCUAUUUUUUAGUAUUAUUUUGUCGAGUAUUGAUCAUUAUAUAAAAUACGAUCCGUGGCAGCUUGAUGUUACUUUUAGAUGCUUUAAGCCUUAAUAAAUAAUUUAGAUUAUAGAUUUAGCUGUUACUACAGUAUUGUGAUCUUCAGUAGCUUAAUGUUAGAUGAGUGAACGUCAAAGCUAGUCCAGUUUU